AUGACGAGCGAGCGACUUGAUGUCUACGUGGUAAUCUUUCGUGUUGACGAGAUCACAAAACAACUACAUGCCAAUCAACUCAAUCCGACUAAUAGACCCCGACCAUCGGAAAGGUCUACCUCCCAGUUACCGACUGUCAACUUCAUCGCCCAGAUCCUCGGCUCACGGGGCAGUAGCCUCAAGACGAUGAAUGCUGAACCCGGUGCCAACAUUAUCGUCCGCGGCAGGGUCCCUGACAAGGAAGGCAGAGGAAGGGCAAACCUGAAGACUGCUGACUAUGAUAGGGAGCUACUUCAUUGCCUCAUCGCCGCGAACUCCCAGCACAAGGCUAACGAGACCAAUAAGCGCAUCUAG